AUGGUUUCUUGUCCGUCGACCAACUCGAAUGAAGUAGACCAAUCUUCGUUCUGGGACUCAGGCGGGAUCCACUGGGACCAACACCGAAUUGGAUGGGCCAUCGCGGGCGCCUGCACCUUGGUAACUGUUAUCAUUUCUUCGAUAUCAGUCCUGAAGCACUGUCGAAACUACACAAACCCCACGCAGCAACGUCAAAUAUUGCGAAUUUUGUACAUGCCCCCGGUAUACGCCAUCAUAUCAUUUAUAUCAUACAGAUUCUUCCGCCAAUACACCUAUUACUCUCUAAUUGAAGUUGUCUACGAGGCCAUCACUAUGAGCGCAUUCCUACUAUUACUCAUCGACUAUGUGGCCGAGUCCGCGUCUGGUCACAACGUAGACAACGCAAUAUCGCGGAAGGCGAAGAGCAAGCUUCUCUUCCCAGCCUACUUCAUGUACACGCUCAAGUGGUCCGUUCUGCAAUAUGUCAUCAUUCGGCCAGUGGUUUCCAUCGUUGGAAUCAUUUGUCAAGCUGCUGGGGUGCUCUGCGAAUCCCAAGGCUUCGAUGCACGCUACGCAAAUGUUUAUCUUGAGUCAAUCGACUUCGUUAGUAUCAGUGUCGCUUUGUACGGCUUACUCCUGUUCUAUGACCUUACGAGGGAAGAGCUUCGCGGAAAGCGACCGCUGGCUAAAUUUCUGUCUAUCAAGCUUAUAGUCAUGUUCACGUUCUAUCAGUCCUUUGUCUUCACCGCCCUGGAAGGCCGUGUCAUAAAACCUACGCAAUAUUGGACGGAGACCAAUAUUGCAGAUGGACUAAAUGCGCUUGCUAUCUGCAUUGAGAUGAUCCUGUUCUCUUGCUUGAUGUUCUGGGCAUACACACCCAACGAGUACAAAAGGAGGGCCGGCGAGCCCCCAACAAGUAUCGGGAAGCCGUUAUGGGAUAGCAUCAACUACUCGGACUUUGCAGUAGAGAUCGUUGGCUCGGUCAGGUUCUUCAUGGACUACUUCCGUGGCAAACCGACCGCGCACGGUCAUGGUCACCUAGCUACCGAGGAUGGCGAGCGACACGGCUUGGUUGACUUCGGAACUGCAUUUGGCGUUGAGAAUGGUAGAUAUUCGCCGGCGCGAACGCGGCAGUUGAAUGGGCCGCCUAUCUAG